AUGUCUCUGCCAAAAGCUCCAGCCGGCCAAUCCCUGGCUGAUGGUCAAGAACGGAGUAAUGUGACCGCCAUUGAGGCUGAGACUCAGAAGAUAAUUCACGAGCAACUGCAAGGCCAAGUGCCUAUCCCUGAAGUCUUUGGCUGGAUCGAGGAUGGAGACCAGACAUUCAUUUACAUGUCAUUGAUUGAGGUUGGAACGUUAGAAAAGAGAUGGAGCGGUAUGGAUGAGAAUGAGAGACUAGCGGUGUGUGACGAGCUCAAGCAAAUUGUGAAGGCUUGGAGGUCCUUACCGCAGGGCGAGCAAAACAGUUAUAUCGGUAUUGGGAUCUCGCUGGGCCAUUUCAAGGUGCAAAUGCCAUUUCGCCAGUUCCAGGAUGCCUGCGGGAUUGAAAUCUACAGCGACGUGCCUAUUGUCUUUACCCACAAUGAUCUUGUCCCACCGAACAUUUUUCUGUCUCCUGGACUUAAUUCUAAGGUAGCAGCAAUUAUUGACUUUGGUCAGGCCGGAUGGUAUCCCGCAUAUUGGGAGUAUUGCAUGGCGCGAAGAGUGAGGAUCGACCCGCAACAUUUCGAUGAUGCUACUCAAGAGGAAUGGUGGACCAAAUAUUUGCCAAUGAUCCUAGAGCCAGUGGAUGACGAGGGAUUCUACCACUCUUGGCUUUGGUUUGUGUUAUCUAGGGGCAUCUACAUUUAA